CAAAAAUACCUUUAUAAAACGAGAUUCUAUCAAGACCUAUACAGUAUCUAUGUGACUGGCAGAAAUGAAGGAAAUUGUCUUAACUCUCAUUACACUUUCCUUAGUUACGGCUCACGUGACUAGGGAUUGGUCUAAAACUUCUCGUAAAACAGCAUCCACAGGACUCCAAAGGCUUGCAUCGUCCGAAGGUUUAAAGAUCGUGGGAGGGAAUGAAGCUUCACCGGGCUCAUUACCAUACCAAGUAAAUGGGUUAAUGCACAUUCAUCUGCGCGCCGCCGCGGGGCCGCGCGUCCAGAUGGCGACCGUUUUGAACCGCAGGUCCCUACGAAACCGUGGCGGCACCGCUGCCGCUAUUGCGGUUUUGUAG